AUGAGGGACCUCUCUGGGUGCACAUAUGGAUUAGGCAAUGUCAAAGGUCUCAUGUGUCUGAAGCAACUCCCAUUCACCUUCCAUGAUAUGGUGGUCCUAGUCAUGCUCUUCCAAUGUCUUUGUCUGGAUAUUUAUGCUAUGGUAGACUCCCUUGAGAUAAAAAUUACCCCCCCUUCUGGCCCAUUUUUUAAUGCAAAACAGCAUUGGAUGGGUGCAUUUACCACAGAUCCUGAUGUCUGUGAGCAACUCUUUGAAGCACACAUCCCCAUAUGGCUAGUCUGGAAGCUGGAGUUAGUGCCAAAGGAUAUGAAGAUACAUUGUGAGGUCGACAUUACAUGCCUGGAGGGCAUUAUCACUACCCCAGAUGAGUUUGAGGUCGGCCAAAUGCUCAAGUGGAAUGCUAGGUGGUAUUACCCUGGCAAUCCUAUGCAUGUCCACACCUGCAAAGCUCCAGUAGUGGGUCUUGAGCAAUUUGUGGCACCUUGGCCAGACCCAAUUCCCAUGGUGUCAACUUCCACAACCUCUGGCUCAGUGGCCUUGAAUACUGCAAGUUCCAGCAUGCCUGGCUCUGCCUUGGGAGUUGUCAGAACAGAUAGGACUAAACAUUGCAGUGGUCCUUAUAAUUCUGCAGGUUUGAAGAAGGCCAAGACUUCCACUGCUCCAAACAUUGACUUGCCACAGGAUUUUGAUGAUCCUGCCUUCCCCACUCACAUUUACUCAUGGAACACCAUGCUUACUGAUGUCAACAAGGACCCCAAGAGAAUUUGUGCUGGUGUGCCCAAAAUCAUGCAUUUUUUCCCUCACCCCACACUAUUUAUGAGAGGCAAGUCCUCAGAGUGGAGGCAGAGGUACCUCUGGAAUUGGUUGGUGGCCCAAGCAGGUUGGAUCAUGCAACUUGCUGCUUCAGAUGCAUCCCCCAUCAUUCCCCAUUUGUGGUGUGAUUAUCUUAACACAAUUCCUGACCACAUUUUGAUCAAGUUCAUGAAGGUUCAGCAUGAUGUACUGAGUCAUGUGCAGUUCCAUGACAUUACAAUUGAUCUUGCAGACCUCACUACCAUUGACUCCAUAACAAAGGGCAAGAUUCUCUGGGACCUGUACGAGCACAAUUUCCACUUUGAGCUGGUCGCCCUGGACUGUCUGCUGGUGCCCACCCUCUGGUCGAGUGUGGAAUCUCAGCAGCUGGACCAAGUCUGUCAGAUCUUCCUGGGAGAUUUGGAGCUUACCAUGUUUGCUGAACCCUUCCUGGUUAAGGAUCAAGAUCUGGCCUCACUAGAACCCCAAAUGAAGCUGGAAUAUGUCAAGAGGUUCUGGAUGUUGCUCACUUCAUGGCCAGGGUCUCUGCCAGAUUCGGGAACCUCACUUCCAUCAUCAGCCUCACCAGUGUGUUUGGGCAGUGGAAAAACAGCUUGCAUUAUUUUACAUGCAGUCAUUCUUUGA